AUGAGUCUCUCUGUGGAAAUUGUGACCCCUAAUGGGCACCGGUACACUCAGCCCACUGGGCUGUUCAUCAAUAAUGAAUUUGUCUCCGCCUCAUCUGGCCAAACCAUUACGUCCCUCGACCCCGCAACUGACAAGCCAAUUGCCGCCGUUGACGCUGCCAAUUCGAGCGAUGUCGACCGCGCCGUCAAGGCUGCCAAGGCCGCUCUUGUGCAUGACUCGUGGAAGCUGCUCCCUGCGACGGAGCGUGGAAUGUUAAUGUUGAAGCUCGCAGAGCUCAUGGAGUCGCACAAGGAGCUUCUAGCCACUAUUGAUGCCUGGGACAAUGGCAAGGCCUACCAUGUCGCUCUCGAGGAGGAUCUCCCCGAAGCCAUCGGCACCAUUCGCUACUACAGUGGCUGGGCGGAUAAGACCUUCGGCCAGACGAUCAGCACCACGCCUCAAAAAUUCGCCUACACCCUGCGCCAGCCCAUCGGUGUGGUGGCCCAGAUCAUCCCCUGGAAUUAUCCCCUGUCUAUGGCUUGUUGGAAAUUGGGACCCGCCCUCGCAUGUGGAAACACCGUGGUGCUCAAGCCUGCAGAGCAGACCCCGCUCAGCGCGCUGGUUCUCGGAAGCCUCAUCAAGGAGGCGGGCUUUCCCCCAGGUGUGAUCAACAUCGUGAAUGGAUAUGGUCGUGAUGCUGGUGCCGCCCUCGCGUCUCACCCCCUUGUGGACAAGGUGGCGUUCACUGGGUCGACUGGUACCGCGCGCGAGAUCAUGAAAAUGGCAGCUGGCAGCCUAAAAAACAUCACACUCGAGACAGGUGGCAAGUCUCCACUCCUAGUCUUCCCAGACGCAGAUCUGGACCAGGCUGUAAAGUGGUCCCAUUUCGGAAUCAUGUCGAACCAAGGCCAGAUUUGCACCGCGACAUCGCGAAUUUUCGUGCACCGCGAGAUUCUGCCUACUUUCUUGGCGCAGUUCAAGGCCGCCGUUGAGAGCGUCAAGAUCGGUAACCAAUGGGAUUCGGAGACCUUCCAGGGUCCGCAGGUUACUCGCACGCAAUACGAGCGUAUCUUAUCGUACAUGGAAAUUGCUAAGAGCGAAGGCGCUACGAUCCUGACUGGUGGUGCUCCCCAUGUCCCUACCAACCCCGAGUACAAGGAUGGGUACUUUGUGCAGCCUACUGUCAUUACCGACGCGACUGAUUCAAUGAGGAUUACCCAAGAAGAGAUUUUUGGCCCCGUGGUGGUCAUCUUGCCAUUCGAUACCGAGGAGGAAGCCAUUCGCCGAGCUAAUGACACUACCUAUGGCCUCGGAGCGGCCGUUUUCACGACUGACUUAGAGCGCGCGCACCGCGUGGCUGCUGAGAUUGAGUCUGGAAUGGUGUGGGUGAACAGCAGCCAGGACUGUGACCCUCGUGUGCCAUUCGGUGGUGUCAAGCAGAGCGGUAUUGGCCGCGAACUGGGCCAGGCUGGCCUGGACGCGUACAGUCAGCUCAAGGCUGUGCAUGUCAACAUGGGUAAUAAACUGUAG